GCAUGUACAGUUACCAAGAAAGUUGUGUUUAGAGUUGAAUCAGACUAGUCAACACGAGGGGCUUGCUGCAAAAAAUCCUAACGGACUGGUGACAACAUACUCUCAAAACUGCUGUGUGCAUUCCUUUUUCAAAUUGGCAUUUUAAAUGGGUGAUAUUAAUUGAUUGUCUGAAAACGUUUGAAGUUUGGUUGAAUUGCCAAUGCAUGCUGGUUACAUUUUUAAUAAGGCCAUAGAAACUGUUUGCUUUCCUGAAGCAUCAGGCAAUUGUGAGAGUAAGCCCCUUCUCCUCCAACAAAACCUGUUAUGCCCUCAUUGCUGUAGAUCAACUUAUGAAUCAUAAACUGUGUGUUAUAAUGGCCAUUGUCAGAUUAGAUCACUCUAUUUUCCUAUUUUUGCAGUUUCAGAGUUUCAGCCUGCAGAUGUGGACCACAGGGCUGGAACAAACCAUGUUGUUUGCUCUUGUUCUUGGACGUUGGCUCAUGCCACGAGGCAACAUGACACGUGAUCAGCUCUCUGCACUGCUUAUGGUAGAUGUUGGUCUAGGCGCAGACAUUCUGGAACUUUUUGACCCUUUUAAAGAGCCUGGUGUAAAGUUGAAGAAGGUAGUGGUGGUUAUGGGUCUUGUUGUAUUCAGCUGGGCUUUCCUGCAAUUUCCCUUGGUUUUGACCCAGAAGGAGUUUUCUGUUUCCACUUCAUCCAAGAAGACAACAGAGUGUUUACAGUGGUGCUGCACUAGUGAAACCUUGAGCUUGUUAGUCACUCUUUGUAUGCUGGACGGACCCUUCUUUCUCUACCGCAUCUCCAUGCUGGUGUUGGCAAAGAUGAGGAGUCAGAUGAUGCUAUACUUUGUCUGCAAGAACUUCCUCACAGUGGUCUUUGUCAUCUAUAGACUUAUUAUGAUGGUGAGGGAAAAGAGAAAAAGAGUGGACGCAUUCACCACAGCAAACCUCCCCAUAGACUCUGACCAACAGAGUGAAGAGGUGUGGACUGCAGGCACAGAGCAGUCACUAGAGCUCGGCCUCUGGCUGCUGUCUGAUGGCGAUCAAACCUGUUCCACUAGAGAUCUGCUUGGGAAGGAAUACCAAUGAACACUCUAAUCCCAAGGGUCAGAAUCAAAUGCUAGGAAAACAAAUGGAUACUCUACUAGAGUUGAGUUCUUUCUGAGAAAGAAACCAUGGAAUUGAGGUCAAGGAGAAUCUGAUUGUGGCUAGAUGGAGUAGUAAAGGGAAAUUUUGGAGGGGUUCAAAGAUGAGAAAAGCUCUUAACAA